CCGCCGCCGUUGCCAUCGCCGUCGUCGCGUCAUUCCGCGCCAUUCGGUGAUUUGUUUUGACAUGUGUGUGUUCUGCCAUAUUGGAUUAUUACAUCAAAUUCCAAGAAAAGAACAGGCGCGAGUUUCGCGCUGAACAGGUCGGGGGCGGUCAAUGCCCGAUGGCGUGGACUGGAACGCAACGCUGGAGAAAUCCUGCUCCAGAAGGUGACGAUGUGCAGCGAUCGAUCGAGCUGUUGGACAAAGUGCUGUCAGAGUACGACGAGCACGAAACAGAGGGCGAAGGCGGUGGAGGCGUCGUCGGUGUCGGCGUCAGCGUCAGCGUCGGCGUCGGCGUCGGAAUCGGUGUCGGAAGUGGCGGCAACGGAGGCGGGACCGGCACAGGCGUUGGAGAUUGUGGCAGCAGCACGGAACCGAAUAUUGGUCUCACACCCGACGACGAAAGUCCGUCCUUAGGACAUCAAUCCGAGGACGACGGUUACAUGAGCAUGAAUGGACGGAAGGCAAAGAUGGCACUGGUAGCGUUACGUCCAGUUCCGGAUUGUCCAGAGCCUCAGGAUCUCGUUGGAAUAUCCAGGCAACAAUUUCCUCCGCCACCGGAGGAAGCCGAGCGAAUUAUCUCCACUUUGUUACCGAUGGUAUCGCCUGGAAAUUCGUCCAAGAGAACCGGUCGUUCGGCCGAUCGUCGAAAUGGACGACAUCAAUGGAUGAUGGCUAUGCAAGAUAGCAUACGACAAGGAAACGGUGCCGCGAUUACCACUCAAACCACUCUCCCCAAAACGCGACACCAGAGACCGUAUGGAUGGGAGAACGGUCACGGUAGCGAACCCCUCAAACUCGCUCAUCCUCCGAGCCCUCCGAGCAAAUUUGCCAGCUUGCCUUACGACGGCAAGAUAUCGUUCGGAUGGAUUCCGCCGAGGACCAAUCCGACUACCGUCGAGAAACACCGCGAGGUUAAACGUCGAUCAUCCGAAGAGGAGGAGGAGGAGGAGGAGGAGGAAGAUGAGAACGGAGUCGAGAGAGAAAAGAAGCGGUUCGAGAAAGAUCGCGCUUCCCAUUUGCGAAAGCAACGUCAGAAUAAUGAGAUGACAAAAUCGAGUAGCGUGGAAGAUCGGCUACUGAUGAAUCAUCAACGAAACGUCGAUGAAAAUGAAGGAAACGAUCGAAAUGAUCGAACAAGAACAGACUCGGACUCGAGCGAGGGUAGAUUUUCGAGAAACUCAGAGUCCGAGAGAUCCUCGAUCCCUCGUUCCAGUUCGGUCAGCGUCGAGAGAUUCUCGAUGCGAGCCACCUGCGAUUCGUCCGACUUCUCCAGAGCCAAUUCAACCUCCAACGAAAGAUUUCACUCGGAUUUCUCGAUAGCCGUGGCCAGCGCCAGCUCCAACGAUCGCGUCUCCAUGCCGACCUCUGAUCCUUUCUCGAUUCGAAACUUGGAUUUUGUCUCGUACUCUCUGCCGAACCGAGCCGACUCGAGUGAAAGAUUUUCCGCCCCGACCUCGGACAGAUACUCCGAGGAACGAUAUUCCGACAUGUUCUCGACCAGAAACUCGGAUUUCUCCACCCGAAAUUCAACCGACUUUCGAACCCAGUCCGAGGAGGAACGAUUCUCGGACGACUCUUUGGAAGAACUUUUGCCUCCUCCUCCUCCUCCUCCUCCUCCUCCUCCGAUCAGCAAGAGACAUUCGAUCGCUUGGGAAGUGCCCUUGGAAGACGAUCCCCUUUACGCUCCUGGAAGCACCAAGGUGAUCGGUAGGAGACGACGAAAGAGCAGCGACGUAUCCAGCGUCGGUUCCGCGUCGAAAUUACGCGACCUGGACGAUGAGUGGCAGGACCCACGACUUUCCACCACCGACGACGAUCUGGUAUCACCGUACUCGGAUUCCUCGACGAACGAGCUCGAUCAAAUACGACCGGAAGCUUUCACGAAAAACGGCACUUACGUGAUACGUCGCGGUCGAAAGAAGGAAAGGAAAGGACUGCCGAAAGCCCCUAGCAAAACGAAAAGCUUGUCCUUUGAAAACACCGAGAAGAAUCGGUUGUCCGAGGUGAAACGAUACUCGAGCACCUUCGACAACAUCAAAAGUCUUUUAAGGGAGAAGAAACUGGAAGCAACCAACGAUCAUCCACCGAAUCAAGUCGAAUUCGCUUCGUCCCUCCUUCCUCCCGAUCUGGUCAGAGUGAUCUCGCUUCCAGCGAUCAACGACCAAGAAGCCGACGACGAUCGAGGACAACUCGAGGUGACGGUAGAAGAAGAGGAAACGUCGGAUCUAGACUCGGACAAGGAUAAAAAGAGGCGCGAAGAGGUAGUCGAGCAGCUGGCGCGAUUUUCCUCUUCGGGCUUCGCCGCCUCGUUCUCCUUGUCGUUGUCGUUGUCGUUGUCGACCACCGUGGACGACGAGAACGAUCGUAACCAAGAAAACGUCCAACGAAUCGGUACCACCUGCAACGGAGGAACAUCUCUGUCGGCCUCCAACAGUUACUCGAAAGGAUUCGCUCGAGAGGAACAGCCGAGCGCGAAAAAGUCUUCCAAUUGUAGUAGCCUGGCCGUCCUCGGUAGCGAACAUCGACUAGCCUCGAAAAUACCUGUCAACCUUUUGAUCGAAGACCAGAUCGUAAAGAAAGCGUUAAAGGAGAAUCGUCGGCAACUGGAAAAAGUAAGCGACGCUAUCAAGGAGAUCGAAAGCGUUAAGAACAGCGAAUCGUACAGUGAGAACAAACGAUGGAAAACCACCGAUGGAAAACAUCCAACCAAGAGGAACAGUCUCGAGAUCGAUCAGAACGAACGACAAUCGAUCGACGAUGUAAACUUACAGGCAGAAGAAGCCCGCGCGAAAAAACAACGAGACUCGGACAACUCGGUUGAUUCGGACGCGGACACGGACGCGGACGCGGACGCGGACGCUUCCAAGGCCAGCCCGAAAACAGAAAAUUUUGACGGAAGAAGAGCAAACGGAACGGACGUUCAUUCUUCAGGGAGAAGAUCGCGACAGAAGACAAGUGCCGUUAACGCCGCAGUCGCUGUCGCUGUCGCUGUCGAAAAUCAUAGAAACGAUCAGAAAGAAAUCGAGAAUGUGAUCGACGCUAUUCUCCAAGAUUCGAAAAAUACAGAUUUUCAGGUGAGCGUCGAGGUUCUAGAAUUUCCACCAUUACCACCUUCACCCGUCGAAGAAGCGGACGAGGAAAGCUCGGAUAUAGGACAAACCGGUCUAACUGCUCCGAAAGCUAAAAGCCAUAACAACCGAACGAUGGAGUACAGGCCUAGAGUUCCACCGCAUCGUGCUGCCCCACUUGCUUCUUCCUCCGAUUCCAAAGAUCACUUUCAAACCUCUCUCAACACUAGAUCCAUGGACGCUGGAUUUUCGCGGGGUAGGCGUAGUACACCUACCGCCGGAAAUUCCACCAGACGAGAGCAAAUACCGGUGGAAAGACGUACUCUACCUACGGAUUUACCCGGACCUUCGCGGCGACGACCUUUCACGAAAAGGCACUCACCGUCGACCGAGCCGUGCGCGUCUUCCGAUGGAAGUGCUACCGCCACGGCAAUUGCAAAUGGUCAUGGAAGUGGAAAUGGAAAUGGAAAUGGAAAUGGAAAUGGAAAUGGAAAUGGAAACGGAAGCAGCAACGGAGCUUGUAGUAGCGGUGGUGGUAAUGGUGGAACCUCCACCACGAACAACGUGGCGACCGGUUCCGGGAUGCAGACUUCUUGUUCCCUUCCGGAAACUCCUGUUUUCGCUAGAGGCAGCGACAUUCCUAGAACUCCUCAACAUGCAAACAACUCGACGCAAAUGCGUCGACAACCUGGUUGGUACGCUCCAACCACCGCUACCACCGGGUAUCGACGAAACAAUCCAGGUUUGGAACAGGCGAUAAUCGGUACGGAGUUGCUCCGAUUAGCGGGUGGUCCGAGUCGAGGAUGGUAUCCGACCAGGAAGGCGAAUCAACCACGACCGGCUUCGAUCGAGCAUCUGGAGCGGCUGAACAACGCGUACGACGCACGGCUAGUCGGAACCGGGGACCAGAGGAAACCGCUCACUUUGCCUACAAACAUCACACCGAACAAAUACUUCGGCCAAAGUAAGCACAGCUCCGCCUCCAGUACUCGCGAGGCGCUACGCAGGGUCACUAGCUUGCUCAUCAAGAAAGGAAGCGGAAGCAAGGACAGCAAGGGUGGAAAGGAGGGCGGAUCGUCGUGCGGUCCUUACGCCGCGGCCGAAUGCGGAGAUGCGCCAAAGAAGAAAGGAUUUUUCAAAGGUUUCUGGAAGAGAUCGCGUCAUUACUCGCUGGAGAACCAAUAGCCCAGGGUAAGCGGUAAGGUGACGAGCCACCAGCGACAGAGACACGCGUUACGCCAACAUCACCAUUAUCGACAGCAACGCGUCCCUACCACCGCUUUGACGAACAAUGCUUGUUGCUGCAUUGUCCAGUAGCGCAUCGAUACCGCUUCGUGCUAAUUCUUCCAGCGACAACAUUCGCGUCCUUCUUCGUCCAUUUCGUCGACCUUUUAGUAAGUCAGUCGCCCUCGACCGGUGCCGUGGGGUACCAGCCCCCAAAGAUCCAACCAGCUACACCAAUCCGUGGGUAAAUCUUAUUCACCUAAUUUACACUUUCGUUCUUCGUUCUUCGUUCUUCUUUCCUUUCUCUUUCACUGUCACUUUCACUAUCACUUUCACUAAUUCACUUUCUUUACCUAUCCUAUCGAAUCGUUUGCUCUCGUUAAAGACGCUUCGAUCGAAAUUCGGGUCCUCUUCCUUUACCCUGUGUCGGUCGUUUCUUCUUUUCGAAAAAUCUCUUCUCCCUAACUUAACUUUCUAAAAAUCGCUUCUGAAACGCGCGCACGCUUUCUCUAAGCGAAUUACCUCUAACCGUAUAUAAUAUAAUAAAGUCAAACUGUCGUACGCGUAACGUAACUUUUACUUUACAGAAAUUCACCGGUUAAGUCGUAAUAAUCUCAGCGAGGUGGAAGGUAAGAUCGAUCCUAAAUUGGAACGAGUGCGCGCGGCUCUACUCGAGAGUAGAUAGUCGUAAAAAUCACAUCACUCACGAUCAGAUCAAAGACCGUGUGGCUAAUCUAAUCGGUCGUCCGAUCGUUAAAUUGUCUUUAAUCAUGAUCAAACGAGAGCUAGCUACCCGUUUCUUUCCCAUCUUUCUUCAACGCGUACUCAACGCGGAAAUCCUACGUUUGUUAGAAAGACUAACUCCACCUACUCGAACUAUUGGAAUAUUAAAUAAAACACUUUGCACGGUGUUAAAUUCUCACUUCUGAGAAAUCUGCAAAGUCACGAGGAACGUGCCGAACGAUACAAGUAUCGUAAGACAAGCCCUUAUUAUCGAUAAUUCUGUAAUUUCACGCUAACGACUCUUAACAGGUUAUCUAUAUUGUAUAGACAUUAUUUUGAUUACAUUACUAUUUCUACCGCCAACACUACUAUCGUCGUCAUCGCUAUUUGCUAUCGCUAUUGCUAUUACUAUUAUAGGGUUAUCCAAAAUAGCCAGACUAUAGGCAGUUUUUUUAAAUUAUGAGUUAUUAUCCCUGACAAUUAUCUAUGAAAAAUUACAUCUGCCAAAUGACCACCACGACCACCUUUGCAGACAUCAACUCGUAAAUGAACAUUUUCGCAUAUUUGCUCGUUUAAUUUACCAACUUCAUUUGUAAUAUUGUUUUUGAGGUCAUGAAUCGUUGCUGGUUUGCUGGCAUAAACUUUACUUUUCAAAUAACCCCAAAGAAAAAAUUCGAAUGAGGUGAAAUCACAUCACCAUUCCUUGAAAUUAAUCGACCAUUGAAUUUCGAUCGCAAUAAACUGAUGUUUUCACGUGUUAUGUGUAAUUUCAGCCAUAAAUAAUCAGUAAUCAUUUCACUGUAACUGCAUCUUCUUUCUCGUUUUCGAAAAAGAAUGGACCGAUUACGCCUUUUUUUGGAUCAAGUGAUUUUUCUUUAAUAACUCUUGUAACUCAUAUAACUCAUAUCCGACAAUUUUGCUUAUUGACAUGUCCAUCCAAUGUGAAGUGAGCUUCAUCGCUCAAGAUGAUGUUGCGUGAAAACAAUUGAACGUUGUUCUAACAACCAAUCACUGAAAUUUCUGCGUUGCAAAUGGUCACGUUCUUUCAAUUCUUGUGUUAAUUGAAUUUUAAAAGCAUGUAAAAGAAAUGCUCUCAACUCUUGAGAACAGCAGCAAUGUUUUCAAUCGUAUACGACUCCAUUAUUAAAAUUGUCUAUCAUUGUAGGAUAGAAACAAAAGAAAGUGAAACAUGGCGUUUGACAGAUGUUCUCUCAUUCAACAUCCUAAAGAUAUAUUUGGAUAACCCUUUACUAUUACUAUUACUAUUACUAUUACUAUUACUAUUACUAUUACUGCUGCCAUUACCUAACACAGCCAUCGUUAUCAUCAUCAUUAUUUAUUACUAUUAUUAUUGUCAUUAUCGUUAUCAUCCUUGUUAUUAUCAUUGUUGCUAUUACUAAUGUCACUUAUGACCAUCUAUUGCUCGACAUAUUAGCGCUGCUGCUAUCAUCAUCGUUCUCAUCAUUUUCAUUUUCAUCGUCAUCGUCAUCGUCAUCGUCAUCGUCAUCGUCGUUAAUCGUUUAAUAUAAUUAUUAUUUUAUUUAUUGUUUUUAGUAUUAUAUUUAGAGUUGUUAUAAUCUCAUUCGUCGUUAUUACUGUUUACCCAAACACCUUUAUCGGAUACAUCACAUUAUACACAUAUAAUUAUAAACUAUGAAUCAACAAUUUAACGUACAAAUGAAUUCCUGUUAUCAGUAAUCGAUAUUAUUAUCAUUAUCAUCGUCAUUAAUAUAUCAAGAAAAUGGAGAUUAUAUAGGUAGUAAUGUAACGAAUGAUGGCGAUAAUAACGAUAACUCGUAAAUUUAUGUUUAGUAAAAUUUUCAGUUCGAUGCUUCUGUUUAGUAAAAUUUUCUUUUCGAGAAGAAUGUUGAAUGCCAAAGAUUGUCUGGCGGUAUGUCGAGUUCGAGCGUACAGUUAUCGUUUCUUACUCUCUUGCUUCUAUCUAUUUAUUUGUAUGGCUAUUUAAUUACCAAUCGAUCGAACGAUUUAAACCUGUAUCGGAUUUCUUCACGAAACUAAAAAUGAAAUUGAAACUCGAGCAUUUAAGCAAAUCGUUUCAACGUUCACGAACAUGGCGACGCGAGCACGACGAUUGCUUCAAAGAUAACUGGUAUGUAUCAAGGAACACGUAGAAAGGAAAUAAGGAAGAAGGAAAUACGAUAACUAUUUAUCCAACCGCAAAAUAGGUUCGAAUAAACUCGCGGUGAUAUUAUUUUCUUCCUGCGGCGUAUACAUACAUUAUAUAUUAUAGUUUAGCGCAAUCUUGCUCUGCAGUGUAUAAUGGAUCCUGUAAAUAACGAUUGCAAUCGAGGAUACGUAGAAAGACAAAAGGAUAAAGAAGAUGCUGUUUAACGCGACGCGACGCGACGCGACGCGACGGGUGAUGAUCGCGUGGAUACAGUAAGAAUGGGCAUUCGAGAUGCAUCGGCCGAGGAUUGCUUGAGCCUGAAACAGCUCUGUCGUGCUUUCUUGCACAUCCGUUGGCACGCAUGCACACCUACCUGAUAAGACUUCCUAAGUUAACAAAUAGUUUAACAAAGAUUAAUGCUAUUCGAAUGAAAUGCCAAUUAAACGAACCUUUGUAAAGCAUUUUAGCCAAAGGUGGUAUCUCAUUUUGCAUACACCUUUCGUUAAUUUCGAUGAAAUAACAAACCAUCGGUUUUCGAGGCUUUUCCUUUCGUUUCACAAUCGAUUCGUCUUGCCGCUGCAUCUAACCACGACGAAAAGAAUAAGGGCUACGUCAGCUUACCCAGCUUGUAUUAGCAACUUACACAAUUGAUCGUGAGUGAAAGAGAGGGAGAGCAAAGUUUAUAAAGCAAAGAAAUUCCAGUUGUUGACAAUCAACAUGACGAUUAUGAAAAUAAGCUCGAUUCGUAAACGCGUUCAUCGCGAUAUCGAGGCUAACUCACAAUUUCACAAGUUUUUAUGAUAAAACGUAUUAGGGCUAGUCGAUGGAAUCGUUUGACGAAUCGAAUGCUUCACGCUACAACCUAUGGUACUAACACAAUAUCCUCACGAUUAUUUCAUAAUUCUAAUUCUAAUUCUAAUUGUAAUUACAUCGAAAUCUUCCGAUUAAGUUUUGCGUCUAGGUGCCAUUGGUUUCUACUUCGAUACACGUGCCUAAUACAUCCCGCUGUCCGAUCGCUGUCCGAUCGCUGUCUUCACCAGAAGACGGAUAUUUUCUUUUAUGCGUACCCUAUUCGCUGCGGCGUUUCGGGCAGAAUCGUUUCUUCGUUUACCCUUGCGCAUCGAUUAUUCUUCUCGAACGCGAGACAGACUACAUAGAAUCGUUCGUCGCAUUUCUUGCUUCGAAUAGAAAGUAUUAAAUCUUGGAAGAAACUUGAAGAAAAUGAAAACGUUCAAAUGAAAGAGUAGCCUAGAAGAUGAUAGUCGAUAGAAAACACAGAAAUUGAAAAAAAAAGUAACAAAAUGAUGACGAUUUUAUUUAGGAUAAUUAGAGAUAAUAACGUUUUUUAAGAACAACUCGAUACCGAGUAAAUAAGCGAGAACGACUUUUAUGUAAAUUUUCUUAAUAAUUUUGUAUAAAGUUUUAUUUAAAGUUUCAAUCUACCAAUAAAUUGAACGAAAGUUUAUAAAAUAAAUGAAAACCUGUCUUGUGUCGUAUUAUUUUUCAAGCUGAAUCUGUAAUAUUGUGCGCUAACGCGUUACAUCUGGUAAGUGAUUAAUCCGUGGAAAAAAAAACGAAAGAAACGAAUUUCGGAUCGAUACUUUCCAAUCGAGUAUAAUGGUCGAGAAGGAAAAUUUUGAAAAAAUGGCCAAUAAAUUAACGGAAAAUGAGAGAAACGCGAGCAUUAUCGACUAUGCUUGAAAUUUUAUAGGAACAACUCGAUGCGUGUGUAAAUCGAAUAAAAACAAAACGCUCCGUUACACCGCUUUAUACAAAUUUAUUGUUUCCUUAAACAUUAAUCGUGUUACGAUUUCAAACAUUUUCUCGACAUAUGCAAAAGAAUCUUAAGAGCAAGUAUAUCGGCUUUACAAAGUUACUAAGUCUAAUUUUAACCGACCAAAUUUAUCCAUUUCUCUAUCUCGCUCCCACUCCCUUUUUCUUUUUCUCUCUCUCUCUCUCUCUUACUCGCGCUUUUAUUCUUCUUUCUUCUUAGGACCUUAGAGUUGGCUUCUCUCUUUGCAUUUUAAGAGGUAGAAAUCUUGCGCGUAUAAAUUCUUGACUCUAUCGCUCGUUCUCAUUCGUUCGUUCGUUCGUUCGUUCACACGCGCAUACACCCUCCUCUUUUCUUCUCAUUGCGUAGCUAGAUGCACGAUAAAUCACGAAAAAACGGGAGUCGUCGGAUUAUGGAACGAAGGAAUCGAAAACUCUUUCUCUUUCUCUUUCUCUCUGCUCAAACGAAACGAAAACUUUAAAAUAUAUGUAUAUGAGACAGAUACGAAUACGUGGACGACGCUUGGGAGUUACCUUCAAUUACAAUUAUUACUUCAAAGUUUAUUCCUUAUUUCGUUAUCAAUAAAAAUCGUUACAUAGUAGUUUGGGUUGCUGCUUGACGCCAGACGAAUCGACAAGCAACCGAUUAUAGUAAUAGUAAUAGCGGUAAUAUUACAGUAAUAAUAAAUGGUAGCGGUAUCGUGUAUAGGAUGUAUGUGACUGUGCGAGGGUGUUUCGGUGUAACGUGUACGAGGCUGCGCAAGUCAAAUAUGAGUACACGGCAAAUCUUCAUUUUCUUCUUCUUCUUCUUCUUCUUCUUCUUCUUCUUCUUCUUUAUCUUCAUCUUCAUCUUCAUCUUCUUCUUCUUCUUCUUCUUCCUUUUCUUUUUCUUCGAAUCCUUUAUUUUUCUUUUACUUUUCAAUUCUUUCGACUUCAUAUUUCGAUGAGAAUAUCUUCUUCUACACUGAUUUUAUCAUCGAAUCCUCUUGCUGUUUCUUAGCAGAUAUUUCUGUUCUAUUCAAACGUAAUACACUUUGGGUAACGAGUACCGAUGAUAAUUAAGCAGCUGCGAGAAUAA